AUGGCUAGUCCCGAAGAAAAAUCCACUUCUGUUAACGAACGCAGUAACGAGGAUAAUUCAUCUUCUGGUGAAUGGACUCUGAUAGGUGACAAAGAAUCUGCUGACAGUAUUAGUAUCAGUAAUAGUAUUGAUGGACAUGACAAUGAAGAUGAUAAUGCUGACGAAAACAUCGAUGCUGAAGAAGCUCGUGAAGCCAUACAAAUUUUAGGAGAAUCAAUUCAGGUUGAUAACAAAGAAAAUAAAGAUGAAGACAAAGACCAAGACAAAGAAGAGAAAGAUGAUAUGAAAGAUGAUGAGGAUAAAAACAGAAAUGAUGCUCUUGUUACACGUGAUGAUGAUUCAGAUGGUAUAUCUGUGAUAACUGACUGUGAAAAAAACGAUGAUAAUUUAUAUAGAAGCCUUACUGAAAUUAUAAAACCUGUUGAUAAGAUCGUCUUACCGGCCGGAAGUUUAGUGCAUAUAUUGAUAGCAUGCACACUGGCAGCGACAGUUGGAUUUGGCAUCGGAUUAUUUUUUGGCCCGGGAAAUACCGAAAUGUCACCUCUUACCCCAACAAUUCAAACUAAUGAUGUUAAUUUUAAAGAUAUAAAUACACAAAGUGAAAAAUCACUUUAUCGUACUGAUGAAUUAAAACAAGAAUCUCAUUUACUAAAAGAUAAUAUUGAUGUGUCAGUAUUGAAUAAGCCAAAAAUAAAUAAUGUUAAUAUUGGUACAAUUAAAAAUAAUGGUGAUAAUAAGCUUGUAAAUAUUAAGGCUUUAAAAAAUAAUGGAUCAUUAAGAGAAAUAAUUGACAAAGUUAAAUUAUCAUUUAAUACUUUAUGUUCGAUUAUUGAAAAUGGUGAUACGUCGCAUCGAACGAACAUAGACUUUGCUUGCGAUCGACGAUCGCUGCUAGAUUUACUUGAUUUGAAAGAUAAUUUACAGAGGAUUAUGACGGGGAUUCAAAUUACUGAAGAAAAUUCAAAUAAACGAUUCAUAGAAAAUGUGGAAUCGAAAAUAAAAAAUAUUUCUUUGACGUUCUUUGAUGAUUUAUCAAAGACUUUGAAGAAUUCAAUUGUAAAAGUCCACCGUAAAUUAGUUAAAGUAAGACGUAAGUUAAAUCAACGAUUAUGUUUAAUACAAAACACGAUAGGCGACGACCCAAAAUUGUUGGAAUUGUUAGAGAAACUAAAUUUACAAAAUAAAAAUUGUAAUAAACCAAUAAAGUCUGAUAAAGUUACGGAAAAAAUUGCCAACGAUGAGCCGAAGAAGAAAAAUAAACCUGAUAAAAAUAAUAAAUAUCCUGUGGGACCGGAAGUUAAGCGCGAAUUUGAUAAAGAAAAAUCUAAGAUGGAUUCAAAAGAAUAUCGCGCUAAGCAAAAUGGGAGAAAUGACAAGGGAGAGUACGGCGAAAUGAAAAGAAAAUUUAAAUCUCAAAGAGAUUAUCAUAAAGAGUACUCGAUAGUAGAUGAUAAUAAAUCAAAUGAUUUAAAUGCUAAAAUAAUAAGAGAUACCGCUAAACUUAAACCCAAUGCUCCUCCAGUAGAUAAAUAUAAAGAUAAGACUAAAGAAUCUCGUAUUAAAAAUGAUGAUAAUUCUGUUUGUCAAAGUAAAUUUUGUAGCAAGCAGCGCAAUAACGAUAGGAAAAAUUCAUUUGAGAAAAAUGAAAACUGGCAAUUCAAAAGAUCUGAAGGACGUGAUAAUUGGCGGACAGAAAAAAAAACAAACGAUAAAAAAGAAUAUUCAUGGGAUUUCAAACGCGCUAAAGGACGUGAAAACGCGCGAACAAAUGUUUGAAUCUUUUAUCUGUGUAUUUAAAUAUAUAUUUAAAAAAAAAAUCCUGACUUCUGGUGUCCACAACUUUGAAGAAAUAAAAUUUUAUUUAUAAAUAAAUAAAUCUUUGAAAAAUUAUUCAAAUGUAUUGAGAUAAAUAAAUUUCAAGUUUUAAUUGUGGAAAGUUAAA